AUGAGUGGGCACUGCUCUGUUCGGGGAAGCAGCUGGAUAUAGAGGCGAGCCGUGACCUGCAAAAUUAUUCAUCACAGUCACUUUUUUUUAAAGAAAAGGACAUACAGACGAGCUGGUUUUUUUCAGGCAUUUAAGUCACGAGCGACUUGUGCAUGCGCGGUUUGAACGUCUGGAACAGAAUAGAGUUUGUUAGCUUAGCGUUAGCUUAAUACAACUGAGAGUUAGCUAGCUUUGCAGCUCUGUAGAUAACGCUAGUGAUAGCAGCAUCUCAGCCGCUGCUUUCUCACUAUGGACCUUGGUUUUCGGUUAAAAAAUACCUCUGACCGGUUGACCUGCACUGUACAAUUGAUUUAAAAUAGGGUUCAACAGAGGUUUUGCCUGUUUGAGUGGCUACAUGCUUGUUUAGCUGGUGUGUCUGUUAGUAAUGGUAGCUCGCAAAUUAUGAGACUCCAGGUCGAGACAAGAAAUGUUUUCUUUGCCACACGGACCUUUUAAACCAGCUAUUGAUUAUUAAUGUUGAAGCUCGGUCAAAGUCUGCAUACGAGUUAGCUGGAGCGACGUGGUGCUUCAUUGCAACUUCCAGUAACUCAUUUGAGCGAUAGCUUUAACGUGACUUCUCUAAUGAUAAAAACAGCCAUGGUUUUAUGGGUGUCUGAAGCAGGAGAAUGAGUGUGAGCCUGCCAGGGAGAGGAUGCCACCAUCUUUCACAGAAGACUACACUGCAUAACAUAUCGAUUAGCUGACCAGCAUCUGCUGGGGAGGACUGGGAAGCCCAGAGCCUGUUUAUGCGAGAAGCAACUGCCCUCGGCUUUAUCAGUAAGUCUUGUCCAGCUCUUCUGUCUCAUGGCUGUGAGUGGGGUCAACAUGCUGUCCCAGCUCGGAGACGUGGCACUGGCAGGUCCCGGAGGAGCAGGGCUGCCUGCUGUGUCCUUCACCAACACGUCGGUGUCCUCCAGCCCGACUCCAGGUACUGAUAACCGGGGGUGCGAGAAUGGCGCCUUGAUGGAUUCAUUUGGGAUUUUCCUGCAAGGACUUCUCGCCGUGGUGGCUUUCAGUACGCUGAUGUUGAAGCGCUUCAGAGAGCCCAAACAUGAGAGGAGACCCUGGAGAAUCUGGUUCCUGGACACCUCAAAACAGGCAAUUGGGAUGCUCUUUAUCCACUUUGCGAAUGUCUACCUGUCAGACCUCACAGAGGAGGAUCCCUGCUCACUAUACCUCAUUAACUUCCUGUUGGAUGCAUCACUGGGCAUGUUGCUGAUCUAUGCUGGGGUGAGAGCUGUCAGUGCUAUUGUCGAGUGGAGACAGUGGGACUCUCUUCGUUUUGGAGAAUACGGAGAGCCAGUGCAGUGCACAGCGUGGUUGGGCCAGUGUAUCCUCUACAUCCUCAUCAUGAUGUUUGAGAAAGUCCUUAUCAUGCUGGUCCUCCUCAUCCCCCAGUGGAAGAAGCUGGCUCUCCUCAACCCUAUAGAGAAUCCUGACCUGGAACUGGCCAUCGUCAUGCUCAUCGUUCCGUUCUUCAUCAACGCCCUCAUGUUCUGGGUGGUAGAUAAUUUCCUAAUGAAAAAGCACAGGACAAAAGCAAAGCUGGAGGAGAGAGAGGAGGACUCGAGGGGGAAUAGCAAGGUGCGCUACAGACGAGCUCUGUCUCAUGAUGACUCAGAGUCAGAGAUCCUUUUCUCAGCAGACGAUGAAAUGGAUGAGUCAGAUGAGGACGAUGUACGGCGGCUCACUGGUCUGAAGACGGUGAAGAAGAAGAAACUUCGCAUGGGGAUCCCUCCGGGUGAGGUGAAGAAGAAGAAGCGUCCACCAAUGAAGGAGGAGGACUUGAAAGGAGCCCGCAGUAAACUGGGACUGAAGGGCGAGGUCAAGAGUAAGACCUAUGAGGUCAUGGUGGAGUGUGAACGUAUGGGCAAAGUGGCACCAUCUGUGUUCAGUGGUGUGAGGACGGGGACAGAGACGUGCCUGGAGAAGCCUUCUGCCAAAGCUCCUGGAGCCAGUGUGUUCAGCAAGUAGACACACACUGCAGCUUAUAAACCAAUAGCACUGAAAAAACACACACUGUAGUCUUUAAGUUUGUGAGUCAGUGGUGUUGCUGCAUAAUAUGGAUUGCAAAGAUUUUCUUUAAAACAGAAGGUCAGUGGAAUUUAAAAGAUAAAGGGGUUGUUUUUGUGCAUGUAGUCUGUGUUUACAUUGCUACAUAUAUAAACAGUUAUUGCAGUUUGCACAGUGCAUCAGCCUUGAAAGAUGGCUUAGGUUUGGAUAGAGGUGUGUUGUAAAUGUAUUGUGAUAUUUAUUUAGCAGUAUUGACAAAGAUUGUGCAAACAUUUGUUUAAUUGUCCAUUUAUUUACUUGACCAAUGUUCCCGAAUAAAAUGUUUUCCCCUGUUCU